AUGAUUGGUCUUUUUCGCGACACUUCAGUCAAGGCCUCGUUGAAGUUGGAUUGUGAUGUGGACUCGUGUGUCAGCUGUACAAUAUUGAACUUUAAAAAGGAAGAGUAUGACGAAGGACUGGCGCUUUUCUGUGACAAGAUCCUCGGCUGCUGUUUCGACACUUUUGGCGACAAGCUGGACAAUGUGAUCGGCGACUACGAAGCACUCAAGCGGAAAGAGCUGACUCCUGAAAUGAAGAAAUAUCUACAUCAGAAGAUGAAAGGGCCGUCUGAGAAAGUCAUUGAAGUCAAAGAAGAUCAAGACGGAAACAUUAUCUAUGGGGUUUACUCAGAAGACGUCGACGAAGAAGAAAACAACAAAUUUAAGCUUGGAGCAAAACAUGUCGACGAAUUAUGA